GUACAGACAGCCAAUGAAAAUGUAUUUUUAUUAGCACGUGUAAACACGCGAACCAAUCAAAUUUAAUAACAAAUCCCUGGGACGUUUUCACGUGGAAACUGCAACGCGUGAGCGGCAUGGAUGACCGUCAAAACAUCAUUCCGCACGACAGCCGUAUUUUACGCUAAACUGUUUAGAAAAAUGCACUUUAUUAGAUGUUGGAGAAGAAGUGCCGCUGUCAUAACUUCGAGAAGGUCAUUUGCAGUUAAAAGGCAAUUGUGUUCUGUUGGGUCAGAGGAUGACACUGUUUUUGCCAUGUCGUCGGGUCAAGGCAGGUGUGGGGUGGCGGUGGUCCGGGUCAGUGGUCCGGCAUCAGCGCUCGCUGUCUGCAGUUUGACCCGGCGUCUCCCCGCAGCUCGCACCGCCAGCCUCCGCAGCAUCAUACAUCCCCAAACCAAAGAGUUGCUGGACCGCGGGCUUGUCCUCUGGUUUCCAGGUCCUCGUAGUUUUACAGGGGAAGACAGCGCUGAGUUUCACAUUCAUGGGGGUCCUGCUGUUAUAAAUGGAGUGUUACAAGCACUUGGGACUUUACCAGGGCUGCGGCCUGCAGAGGCAGGCGAGUUUACCCGACGGGCUUUCUUUGCUGGAAAAUUGGACCUUACUGAAGUCGAGGGUCUGGGUGACCUGAUUCACGCAGAGACAGAAGCUCAAAGACGACAGGCUCUCAGACAGAUGGCGGGAGACCUGGGCCGAGUCUAUCAAGACUGGAGAGAACGUCUAAAGCGAUGCUUGGCACAUGUUGAAGCAUUCAUCGACUUCAGUGAAGAUGAACUCAUAGAGGACGGGAUCUUAACGGACGUGGAUACAGGUGUUUGUCAGCUUCAGACAGAGAUGGGAAAUCACCUGUCAGACCAGCGCAGAGGAGAGCGUCUGCGCAGCGGUGUUCAGGUGGUCAUUGCUGGAAGCACCAACGCAGGGAAGAGCAGCCUGCUCAACAUGCUCACUCAGCGUCCCGCUGCCAUAGUGUCUCCUACAGCAGGAACCACCAGAGAUGUGGUGGAGGUUCCUCUAGACAUCGGGGGCUAUCCUGUGCUGCUGAGCGACACGGCAGGACUGCGGGACACCACAGACAGCGUGGAGCAGGAGGGCGUCCGGCGCGCCAGGCAGAGGGUGGAGCAGGCAGAUCUCACUCUGGCGGUCGUCGACUUGACACAACUUCCCUCGGAGCCUGGACUGGUAUCCGUCUUCCUAAGAGGGCACUUGAGGAGUAUCCUGGAGCAAACAUCUGACAGGCAGCAGUGUAUCCCGAUCCUCAACAAAAGUGACCUCAUCUCCACCGAGCAAAACCACAGCAUCCGAGCCGUGCUCGAGAAGGAUGGAGAUGUUGCUCAUUUCAGUUUUUUGUCAUGCCAUACUAGAGAUGGGUUGGAGGAACUUCUUACUCUAUUACAAGAUAGAUUGAAGACAUUGUGUGGCGAUCCAUUGGCUGGCAGCCCAAGUCUGACUCAGACACGUCACAGGACUCACUUACAGAAGUGCACAGAGGCACUACACCAGUAUCAUCAGUACAGAGAUGUAGAUCUGGUGCUGGCGGCUGAAGGCCUUCGUCUGGGUCUUUCCAGUCUGGGGAGGAUCACCGGUAGAAUUGGUGCAGAGGAAAUUCUUGAUGUGAUUUUCAAAGACUUUUGUAUUGGGAAAUAAAAUAGGUUAAGUAUGAAUGUCAACAGCUA